AUGGCAGCAAACAUGCAGAACAGUUUUGCCCUAGACAGCAAAAACGACAAGAAGGACGACCUCGCCAUCGACAUACAGACGCUUGAGGCCGUUGCCACCAAGAGCCCAGAGAGCGAGUGUCCACAGUGGAUCCGCGAUGCCUCACCUGAGGAGCUGGCGGCCAAGGAGACGCGUCUGCGGCGCAAAAUUGACAUCCGGCUGAUGCCCUUGAUCCGCGACCUGCACCUCAAGGGCUACCAGUUCAACACCGUCGUCAGCAUUCUCUUUACCGGCUACCUGCUGAUGCAAGUGCCCUCCAACAUGCUGCUCAACAAGCUCGGCCGGCCGGCGCUGUACCUGCCCGGCUGCAUGCUCAUCUGGGGCGUGGUCUCGGGUGCGACGGCAGCGUCGCAGUCGUAUGGCGGGAUGCUGGCGGCCCGCUUCGUGCUCGGCUUCAUCGAGGCCGCCUACUUCCCCGGCUGCCUCUACUACCUCUCAUGCUGGUACACGCGUCGCGAGCUGGCCCUGCGCACCGGCAUCCUGUACAGCGGCUCGCUGCUGUCGGGCGCCUUUGGCGGGCUCAUCGCCGCCGGCAUCCUCGACGGCAUGGACGGCCUGCAUGGCCUCAGCGCCUGGCGCUGGUUAUUUAUUCUGGAGGCCUGCCUCACCGUCGGCGUGGCACUGGGUGCUUUCUUCCUGCUGCCGAACCUGCCACGCACCACACGCUGGCUGUCGGCCGAAGAGCGCGAGCUGGCCAGCUGGCGGCUGCAGGCCGACAUUGGCGAGGACGAUUGGAUCGAUAGCCGCCACCAGUCGCCGCUGCACGGCUUCCGCCUGGCCGCCACUGACGCCAAGACGUGGCUCAUCCUGGUCGUCAUCUAUGGCUCGACCGCGAGCGGCUCCAUGACGACCUUCUUUCCAACUGUUGUCAAAACCCUUGGCAAGGGAAACAUCACCACCCUACUCCUCACCACCCCUCCCUACCUGAUCGCCGUCGCCGCCUGCUUGACCAACGCCUGGCAUGCCGACCGCACCGGCGAGCGGUACCUGCACAUUACCCUGUCUCCCCUGUUAGCUAUGGUUAUGUAUAUCGUCGCCAUCUCCACCACCAAAUUUGCGCCUCGCUACUUCGCUAUGUGCAUCAUGGUAGGAUCGACGUACUCGGGCUACGUUGUCGCCCUUGGCUACAUCUCUAACAUUCUUCCCCGGCCUGCCAGCAAGCGUGCCGCCUGUCUUGCACUUAUGAACAGUCUUAGCAACGUCUGCCAGAUCUACUCGCCAUACCUCUAUCCAAAAUCUGCUGCCCCUCGCUAUGCCACUGCCUUUGGGGUGAACAUUGCCAUGUCCGCAAUGACUGUCAUUGCCGCCACCGGCUUGCGCUUCUACCUUGCUCGUCUGAACAAGAAACUCGAUCGCGGCGAGCACGUACGUGAUGUCAGCUCCAGUGGGGCUGCUGGAAAUGAUGGAUUUCGCUUUCUGCUGUAA